CGUGACAAAGGUGAAAAAAUAUAUGGACCAGUUACCAAUAUUGUAUACUGGCCAAAGAAUAGGCAUUGUAAAUCUAUCAAAGAUAUUCCUGAUAGAGGUGGAUCUGAUAAGCAUAGUGUGAGAGCCCAAACCUGGCAUAGUUUCUUUAGAUGGAAUGGUAUAGGAGAAUGGAUACCUGAACACAUAGGAGAGAAGAAAUUUCUACGAGUUGUUAUUUGGGAUGAGGAAGUUUCAACUGAUUAUCGAGCAAAAUGCUCCAAGUUACAAAAAUGGGAAUGUCUCGAAAAAGAAUGGACUCCUUCAGAUCAUGGACGCAAACAAAACUGUCUUGUUGAAAUCUCUGGUUCAUUUGAUAAACAAGAAUUAGUAAAAAAUGAUAUAGUAUAUUUAUUUUUGAACACACUUUCUAAAAAAUUCUUAGCAGAUAUAUUAAUAGAGAAAAAAAUACUUGAUUGGGAUUUGGGGUAUACUAUGACUAUACAUACUAGUCAAGGGAUGACACUUGAAGCUCCGCAACGAUUUUGGAUUAUUGAUGAAUAUUUGAUUGAGGAAGCAAAAAAUAAGAAAGCAAUUGAGCAAUCCUUAAGACUAUUUAUUUCUGGAAAACUCUUAAAAGAUUUGCAAAAAGAUAUAUGUGCAUCUUACUGGGAUGAUGCAGGAGAUCUAGAUCAAUGGAUAGCAGAUAGAAUCGAUAACAAACUGGGUCAUAUAGAAGGAAAUAUGCGUCUUACUUGUUUGAAAUAUAUGGUUAAACAAGAUAAUGAUUCAGUAAUAGAUUUUUAUAUGAAAGUAAAAGCUAGUACUAGUGAUAGUGAAAAACAGGUCAGAGAAAUAUUUAUUAACGGAUUAUCUCCUGAGAAUUAUUUGGAAGCUGAAAAAUUUGAAUCAGGAAUUUUAUUAAAUGAACUGGAGAUUGAAAUUAUUGAAACAGGGCAUAGAAGGGGCUCUGAAUCAAGUACAUCAUCAGUAGUUAGAAGGAUGGAAAAACAUAGUAUCCAAUCUCAAGAUUUGCUAGAAAUUAUAGAAGAAGAUAUGUCGGAUGUAGAUGAUAAUGAAGAUGGUAAAGGUAAUCGUCCAACAGACCAAAGCAUUAUCCCUUUAGAAAAAGAAUCUCGUAAAAGACCUAGUAAAGAUACCCCUGAAAAUAAAUUAUCUAGUAAAAAAGUAAAGACUAAAGACAGAAAUGUAUCUAUAUUAAAAAAACUUAUUGAGGGGCUGAAAUCGCCAAGUUCUUCAACAAGUAGUACCACUUCUCAGGCUGAAUCUAUCACAAGCCCAAGUAAUUUUUCUGAUUUAUAUAGUACAAUUCUUAAGGAAAGGUUAGCCGAGUAUAUGAAAGAUAAUAAAGAGCGUAGAUCUCAGAGAAAACUUUAUAAAGAAGUUGAAAAACAGCUCUCAUCUAACCUCUCAAAAAAUGCAAUUGAGAAAAGAAUAGAAAGAGCAAGGAAAAUUUAUAACCUUUUUAGUAGCAUAGAAGAGGAGUUUGAAUGA